CUUCAUAGCAAACAAGCGCGCAUCUCCCAGAUAAUGUGGCUUCGUGUUAACCCAUUGGUGCUGUGCUUCCUGCCGGUAAUUUUCCUCCUCAUCGAGGGAAGAUCCAGGCAGUCCAGCGAUGAUCGCAUUGUGUUCCCCAAGGACGACGAAGAAGAUACACACCCACCGAAGUUCGCCUACCCCUGGUCUAAGCCGACGACAACGAGCACAGAGGAACCUUUGACCACAGCGACCGCCCUUCUGGAAACCACAAACACCACAGCAAAGAUCUCCAGUAGAUCGGAGGAGGAGCUGGUCAACGGAACCACCACUGAGAUUCCCACUAUAGACAAUCGGAUAUUGCUGGAGACAUCCCCAAAAUGUCAGCCCGGCUUCGAGCUGCAUGCAAAACGAUGCCGAAGGCCGGCUUAGUCUUAGUCGUUAGGGUCGCUGUUAGUCAAUAAAGUGAUAUCUGAAUAGAA